AUGGACGGCCUCUUCGCUCCGCUCGGUGUUCGCGUUGAAGCCAGCAACUCUCUGGUGCAGGCCGCGUUCUCGGCCUUCCUCCUCGUUGGCAUUGUAUCUUUCGCCGCACCCAUUGUCAGCACCGUCCGCGUCCUGUUGAGCUUGUUUGUCCUCCCCGGCAAGGCUCUCUCCGAAUUCGGUCCCCGUGGUACCUGGGCACUCAUCACUGGUGCCUCUGAUGGCAUUGGCAAGGAAUUCGCUCUUUCACUUGCGGCCAAGGGCUACAACCUGAUCCUCGUCUCGCGCACCCAGUCCAAGCUCGAUUCCCUCUCCGCCGACAUCUCCUCCAAAUAUGGUCCCAAGACCGCCGUCAAGACUCUGGCCAUGGACUUUGCGCAGAACAAAGAUGCCGAUUACACAAAGUUGGCCAAGCUCGUCGAGGGACUGGACGUUUCCAUCCUAGUCAACAACGUCGGUCUGAGCCACAACAUUCCUGUGCCUUUCAACGAGACGCCCAAGCAGGAGAUGAAUGACAUCAUCGUCAUCAAUUGCAUGGCUACCCUACGCGUCACCCAGCUCAUCACCCCCGGCAUGGUCGAGCGCAAGCGCGGUCUUGUCCUCACCAUGGCCUCGUUCGGUGGCUUCUUUCCCACACCUCUUCUGGCAACGUACUCUGGAAGCAAGGCCUUCUUGCAGCAGUGGUCCACUGCCCUCGGCUCUGAGCUCCAGCCGUACGGUGUGCAUGUUCAGUGCGUGCAGUCGCAUCUCAUCACUACCGCAAUGUCCAAGAUUCGCAAGCCAUCUGCCCUUGUACCCAAUCCCAAGCAAUUCGUCAAGGCUGCGCUCGGCAAGAUUGGCCGCUCGGGCGGUGCGCAAAACGUUGCCUUCACAAGCACACCCUACUGGAGCCAUGGUUUGAUGCAGUGGUUCUUGUCGAGGUUCCUUGGCGAGAGGUCGCAUGUUGUCGUCAAGGUCAACCGUGGCAUGCACGUCGAUAUCCGCAACCGCGCUUUGAGGAAAGCAGAGCGUGACGCCAAGAAGCAGUAG